GAGUGCAGGGAGAGAGAGGAAGAACGCAGCAUAACAUUCCCACCCAGUCCAGCAUGACUGAUCUUAAACUUCCCUUCUAUCGGCGGUGCAGCAGCGACUUUGGUACAGGUCUUUGAGAGACAGAUAUAUUGCAUUACCCGAUCCUACCCACUGUUUUCAGCGACAGACCGUAGGGUAGGCUAGAAAAGCAUGAAUAUAGAACGCACUGAGGAGCAAAGAGACUGGCACGAGAGGACGGUAACGGUCCGGAUAGAAGAGUUGCUUUGAAGAGGGUGACUGGAGAGACCCACCAUGUGCAGCUCUCUGAGUCCCAAGCAGCCGAUUGGCCCAGGCCUGACGGAUAUGCAGCAGUAUAGCCAAUGGCUGGCCAGCCGGCACGAAGCCAGCCUUUUGCCAAUGAAGGAAGACCUAGCCCUAUGGCUAACUAGCAUGCUGGGUCUGGAGAUCACAGCAGAGAGCUUCAUGGAGCGUUUGGACAAUGGCUUCCUGCUGUGCCAGCUGGCUGAGACGCUACAGGAGAAGUUCAAGCAGAACCAGACUCAGAACCAUGGAGAACUGCCUCUUGGCAAUAGAGAGGCCAUCCCAUGCCGGAGGAUCCCGUGUCGUGCCAGCGCUCCCUCCGGGUCCUUCUUCGCCAGGGACAACACAGCUAACUUCCUGACCUGGUGUCGUCAGGUGGGGGUGGGAGAGACCUGCCUGUUUGAGUCUGAGGGACUGGUUCUUCACAAACAGCCUCGGGAAGUAUGCCUCUGUCUCCUACAGCUGGGAAGGAUAGCGUCUCGGUACAACGUGGAGCCUCCGGGGCUUAUCAAGCUGGAGAAGGAGAUAGAACAGGAGGAGAAAGUAUCUCUACCCUCACCUGUCUCUCCCUCCCCAUCCCUCUCUCCAUCCCUUUCUCCAAACCCCCCAUCCCCCUCUCCAACCUCUCCAUUCCCCUCUCCAACCAAGUGCUUGUCGUCUAGCAAGAAGAGCACAGGGAAGCUGCUGGAUGAGGCUGUGAAGCAUAUCUUUGAGGAGCCUCCCUGCAAGUGUCCCAAUAAAUUCUGUGUGGAGAGACAGGCUCAGGGCCGCUAUCGCGUCGGGGAGAAGAUGCUCUUCAUCAGGAUGUUACACAACAAGCAUGUGAUGGUGCGUGUGGGAGGAGGCUGGGAGACUUUUGAGAGCUACCUGCUGAAACACGACCCAUGUCGGAUGCUCCAGAUCUCCAGAGUGGAGGGGAAGACCUUUCCCAUGUCCCCCAAGUCCCCCAACACCAAGGACCUCACCCCAGACAGCUACUUGGUGGUGGCCGCACACUACCGCAGCAAGAAGUAAAGAUGGCCGUACACUACCGCAGCAAGAAGUCAACUGACGCUUCAACCAAGGGGAUCAGUUUGAGCAAUGCGAGGAUGGUGGUGGUGGCCUACUACCACAACAAGAAGUAAAAAUGGCCGCCUACUACCGCAACAAGAAGUAAAGAUGGCCGCCUACUACCGCAACAAGAAGUAAAAAUGGCCGCCUGCUACCGCAACAAGAAGUAAAGAUGGCCGCCUACUACCGCAACAAGAAGUAAAGAUGGCCACCUACUACCGCAACAAGAAGUAAAGAUGGCCCCCUACUACCGCAACAAGAAGUAAAGAUGGCCGCCUACUACCGCAACAAGAAGUAAAGAUGGCCACCUACUACCACAACAAGAAGUAAAGAUGGCCCCCUACUACCGCAACAAGAAGUAAAGAUGGCCACCUACUACCGCAACAAGAAGUAAAGAUGGCCACCUACUACAGCAACAAGAAGUAAAGAUGGCCACCUACUACCGCAACAAGAAGUAAAGAUGGCCACCUACUACCGCAACAAGAAGUAAAGAUGGCCACCUACUACCGCAACAAGAAGUAAAGAUGGCCACCUACUACCGCAACAAGAAGUAAAGAUGGCCACCUACUACCGCAACAAGAAGUAAAGAUGGCCACCUACUACCGCAACAAGAAGUAAAGAUGGCCA